UCAACGAUCACGUAUAUCGAUUACAAGACGCUAAUUAAAUAUGUCAAUUAUAGCACGUUGCGCUUCUACUAAAGCGAGUACACUGUGCGUAGGUUUUACUGUCCGAUAAUAUCGCUCGUUCUUUUCCAAUGUGAUAUAUAACAACGGUUAACUUAUUAUUUAACGUUAAGAACAUGCGGAAUUAUAUUUUGAUAUCAUUUAUGAUUCUUAUAUUAUCUUUAUUUUAUCAUUAUCAAUUUAGUAAACCAAUCAGUAUCAUCGAAACUCCAAAUAGUUAUUAUGAUUAUAUAGUAGUUGGAGCUGGUACGACUGGUUGCGUGUUAGCAUCACGUCUAUCGGAUUUAACAAAUACCACGGUACUGCUUGUGGAAGCGGGUGGUUAUUUCAAUUGGAUGUCGGUGAUGCCGUUGAUGGCCCCGUUGAUGCAAGGAAGCAGCUUAGAUUGGGCUUAUAAAACAGAGACCCAAAAGUUCUCAUCGUUGGGACUUUGGAGUCACCAACAAUCGUUGCCAAGGGGUAAAGGAUUAGGUGGUAGCGGUCAAAUAAAUUAUCUCGUCCAUUCUUUCGGGAGAUCAAAUGAUUACAAAAGUUGGCCUAAGGGAUGGUCCUAUGGUGAUUUAAUACCGUAUUUUAAAAAAGUCACGGAAACCAUGAGCGUGACUACCGUUUCAUCGAACGAGCCAUUAGUUGUGGCCUUCAUGGAGUCUGAACUUUCGAUCGGAUCUAAUGACGCCACGUUUCAAAAGGCCAGUUAUACUGCCAAAAAAGGAAAUCGAUGGAGUACCUAUCACGCAUAUUUACUAAAUUCUUUGAAUCGAAAUAAUCUUCACGUGUUGAUGAACACUCUUGUUACUAAGAUAUCGUUUAACGAUACCAAAAUAGUUGGAGUUGAUGUACUUUAUAACAAUGCUUCACGUGGAAAAAUAAAUGCGAGAAAAGAAGUUAUUUUAUGUGCUGGUACCAUUAAUACAGUUCAAUUACUUAUGCUUUCUGGUAUUGGACCAAAACAAGAACUUAACAAAUAUGGGAUACGUACCGUUAGUAAUCUUCAAGAAGUUGGGAAGAAUCUUUUUGAUCAUUUGAAUAUUCCGAUAUACGUUAAUUUGAAAGCACCCGUUAGUUUGACAUUAAGAAAGAUGCAAUCGAUUCAAGAAAUGGCAAAGUACUUUAUCUUUGGAACCGGAUCAUUAUCGACCAAUCGCGUUUUGGCAACUGCACGUGUUAACGAUAGCGGUAUUAUUCUAUUCGGAAUGGCUUCUACUGAUGAAAAAUUAUUGAAGGACAUUGCUAAUUAUCAAACAGAGACUUUCAGAUCACUUUUUCCUGCAUACAAUGACACAGGACAUGAGGGUUUUUUAUAUCUCGCUACUUGUUUGCAACCAAAAAGUCGUGGUAAUAUUACAUUGAGAUCUCGAAGUAUUUUUGAUCAACCUAAAAUUGAUCCGGCGUAUCUUCAACACGACAAUGACGUUUAUUGCACUUAUAAUGCUAUCAAUUUGGCGGUGGAGACUUUAAAUUCAAGGAAAUUUCGUGAAUUUGGUGCACGAGUUCAUCUUCCGGAUUUUGAGGAAUGCCGACAUUUCAGACAAGAUUACAGAGAUUAUGAAUAUUCGGAAUGCGUUAUGAGAAUAGGUGGGGUAACCAGUCAUCAUCCUUGUGGUAGUUGCAGAAUGGGCAGUGACAAUAAAGCGGUUGUUGAUGAAAAAUUAAGAGUAAGAGGAGUAAAUGGUUUGCGAAUAAUGGAUGCAAGUAUCUUGCCUUCACCAAUUUCCGGUACACCAAAUUCCGUUUUGAUUGCAAUGGCGGAAAGAGCCUUCGAUUUGAUUUCUGAAAAAAACAAAUGAUUAAAAAGAAAAUGUCUUUACGUUUGAUAAUUCGAAUUAAAAAAAAACUCUUUCAAGGUGCUCCCCGUUUCAAAAAAGGGCCUCCCUCCAUGGGGCUAAAAUAAAAACAAACAAAGCAAGAAAAGGAAAUGGAAAUGGGAUAAAUGUUUAGGGG